AUGAAUUUAAGCUUUUCAACAGUUGGACUUGAUGAAACGCCCUUUUAUUACUAUGAUCCCUGGUAUUAUUAACUGCAUGUCGUGUUUUCAGCGUAAUAAUUUAAAGGUUGAAUUGUAGUUUCAUACCCGGUCUGGUCCUCCAAAGUCUGGUUGUCUGCAGUGCAUGAGUUUGUACUCUCAGCGCCGCUGUUGGCUCAUGCAGAGAUUUCUUUCCUCGUUUUGAUGCCCUAAACAGAGAAAGAUUUAUUCACAUAGCCCACAACCGUUCAACAACAGGGACAGCAAUCGUCUCGCUGCAUUUUCUGCAUACAUUUGGGAACGGAAAAUAUUACAAAAUAUAUAACAUCGUCUGCUGGACUAUCUUCUAUUUGGGAAAACCUGACGUUUAUGGAAUUAGGAAACAAUAUAUUUUUUGAGGAUUUAACGAGGAUACCAUGUUGGACAGAACAAUGAAAUGGCAAGUACUGUUGUUUGUCGUGAUUUUUUCGCUCGACUGUGUAGCAGGGCAGGCCACAUACUCUAUUCCAGAGGAAAUGUCAAAAGGCUCCCUUGUUGGUAACAUAGCUCACGAUUUAGGGCUGGACGUGAAGAGACUGAAAUCCGGUAGAGCUAGAAUAUAUACAGAAGAUAAAGCAGAAUACAUCGAGCUGAACACAGACAGAGGACUCCUGGUAGUCAAAGAAAGAAUCGACAGAGAGACGCUGUGCGGACAGACGACGCCUUGUGCUUUACAUCUGCAAAUUACGCUCGAAGACCCGAUUGAAUUUUACUCCGUUAAUGUCGAAAUCAAUGACAUAAACGACAAUGUGCCCACCUUUAAGAAGGAAGAGAUGAAAUUUAGGAUCAGCGAGUCGGCUGUGAUUGGGGCAAAAUUUGUAUUAGAGAGAGCGAUGGAUCUAGAUGUGGGAGUGAACGGGCUGCAGAGUUACUCACUUAAACCGACGGAUAAUUUCAUUUUAAAGCUCAACAGCCAACAAGACGGCAGCAAAAAGGUGGAGAUGGUUUUGCAAAAGCAACUGGAUAGAGAGGCGCAGGAUCACAUCGCAUUAACUCUUACUGCCAGCGAUGGCGGGGAGCCUCAGCUGUCAGGAACAAUGCGUGUGGAAAUUUCAGUGCUAGACGCUAAUGACAACGCUCCAGUUUUUACGCAAGAAGUCUAUAAAGCUACUGUUAUGGAAACUGCUCCAAGAGGCACUAUUUUGAGUACGGUUCGUGCAAUAGAUGCAGAUGAAGGUUCAAAUGGAAAAGUGGUUUAUUCGAUAACAAACACCUUAGAUGAUGUGCCAAAUUUAUUCCAAGUAGCGGAAGGAAGCGGCGUUGUCUCUUUAAUCGGAAACUUAGAUUACGAAAAGACACAGCGCUAUGAAAUACACGUAAAAGCUGGUGAUGACGGGGGCCUGACAGAUUCAUGUAAGAUUAUUGUCGAAGUUACCGAUACAAACGAUAAUGAACCAUCUAUAAAUGUUAUGUCUAAAACGAAAUCGGUUACGGAAAAUUCCAAACCAGGUACAGUGGUGACAAUAAUUAAUGUACAAGAUGCUGACUCUGGGGAAAACGGGAAUGUUGAGUGUAGCAUUGGGGAAAACAUGCCGUUUUUGAUAAAAGCAACAUCAAAGAAAUUUUAUAGUUUAGUGACAGACAGUGAGUUAGACAGAGAGAUAGCCUCUAGUUACAAUAUCACAGUGACCUGCUCAGAUAAAGGUGCACCCUCCCUUUCCAGCGGCAUCACUCUGACCUUGGAUAUCUCUGAUGUAAAUGACAACGCACCUGUAUUUGAGCAGAGCUCUUAUGAGGCCUACAUUGUAGAAAACAACACACCAGGUGUGUCUAUAUUCACAAUAAAAGCCACAGACACUGAUUGGAACCAGAAUGCGCGUGUUUCCUAUAUACUGGAGGAAUCCUCUGUUAAUGGAGUGCCAGUCUCCUCAUACAUAUCUGUCAGUGCUGAUAGUGGAGUCAUCCAUGCAGUUCGCUCUUUUGACUACGAGCAGAUCAAAGAUUUUCAGUUCUGCGUUAAAGCGCAGGAUGGAGGCUCUCCUCCACUCAGCAGCAACGUCACUAUAAAAAUCCUGAUCCAGGACCAGAACGAUAAUCCACCCCAGGUUCUGUAUCCAGUCCAGACUGGUGGCUCCAUGGUGGCUGAAAUGGUGCCUCGUUCAGCAGAUGUGGGCUACCUGGUGACUAAAGUGGUGGCUGUGGAUGUGGACUCUGGACAGAAUGCCUGGCUCUCCUAUAAACUACAGAAAGCCACAGACAGAGCGCUGUUUGAAGUGGGCUUACAGAAUGGAGAAAUAAGAACUAUCCGUCAGGUGACUGAUAAAGAUGCUGUGAAACAAAGACUGACUGUCAUAGUGGAGGACAACGGGCAGCCCUCUCGUUCAGCUACAGAUGUUAACGUGGCGGUGGCGGACAGCUUCCCUGAAGUCUUGUCGGAGUUCACUGACUUUCCUCACGAUAAGGAAUACAAUGACAACCUGACUUUUUACUUAGUGUUGGCUCUGGUUGUGGUUUCCUUCCUCUUCAUCACGUGUUUAGUGGUUAUUAUAUCAGUGAAGAUCUACAGAUGGAGACAGUCUCGCAUCCUGUAUCACUCCAGCCUCCCUGUGAUUCCAUAUUAUCCACCUCGUUACUCAGACACUUUGGGAACAGGAACUCUGCCACACGUGUACAAUUACGAGGUGUGCAGAACUACUGACUCCAGAAAGAGUGACUGUAAGUUCGGAAGAGCUGUCAAUCAGAACCUGUUGAUAAUGGACACAGGUUCUACAGGGACAAUGCAGCGGAUACAGAAUGAGAAGAGCAUCCUGGAUGAACCCGACUCUCCUCUAGAGGUCAGAGUGCUUUGAUUUAUUUGGUCCCUCUCAUGUUUUAUAUCACUUUCACAUAUUUAAAUUAUAAAUGCCUUGUUCUUAUAUAGCACUUUGUUUUGUCAAAACUCUUUACGCUAUGCGCCGUCUUUCACACAUUAACAUUUAUGUAGAUUAACAGAAACCAUUUACCUUUUUAAAUUAAUUAUUCUUCUUUGAUGUCAAAACAAAAAAAAUCUUGAUUUAACAAUUAGUUGAAAAGGAGUAAAAAGUGAAUCAUUAUGUGUUAUUUAUUUGUAUCAUAGUACAUUCCUAAAUACGUUUCUAAGUCAAAUGCAAAUGUCCUCAUUUUCGUUUUUUUUUCUUGCUUCUUUUCGUCAUUAAUUCCAUGUUAGUCAACAUCAAGUUUCUAUUUUGUUAGUUUUUGUGGAACCCUUAUCUUUUUUAUUAUUUUUUUUUUUUUACUUGGGUAUAGCAUACGGUAAAUUUUAGCAAGACAUGGGCUUACCUGUCAAUGUGAAUAGCUACGGCUUGUUCUGCAAACGUCAGUCUUGCUUUAUGUUGAUGCAAAAACAUCUUUGAUUUCAAACUCAAUGCAUCUGAAUACAAUCAACCCGAGAAAACGGAUUGGAUAUGAAGGCAUUUUCUCAGUUUCAGGACAAAGGACAGCGGCGUUU